AGAACUUUUGAAGUGGAAUGGAUGGGGAUACAAUGACUCCAAAUUCAUCUUCAAUAAGAAAGGUCAAGCAGAAUUCACAGGAAAAAGGUACAGAUUAGGUGGUAUGGUAUUACCAACUUUUAAGGAAUGGAUAGAAAAAACCUUUGGAGCAAGUCUGGAGCACAAAACUACCUCUAGAGCAUCCUUAAAUGUUAAUGAUGUACCUCCAUCUGUUGUAAAUGAAGAAUUUCUUCAGGAUCUUAGAGCCACUAAAAUCUCAUAUUCGCAGGAUGCAGAAGAUAGGGUAUUCAGAGCUCAUGGUCACUGCCUACAUGAGAUAUUUAUACUCAGGGAAGGAAUGUUUAAGCGAAUUCCUGAUAUAGUUGUAUGGCCUGUUUGCCAUGAAGAUGUAGUUAAAAUUGUGGAAUUAGCCUGCAAACACAAUCUCUGCAUAAUACCAUUUGGUGGAGGGACAAGUGUCUCUAGUGCCCUUGAAUGUCCUGAAGAAGAAAAAAGAACAAUUGUCUCACUGGAUACAUCACAAAUGAAUCGGAUCCUCUGGAUAGAUGAAAAGAACUUAACAGCGUGUGUGGAAGCUGGCAUUGUUGGACAAGACCUGGAAAAACAGCUUGCCGAAAGUGGCUUCUGUACAGGCCAUGAACCAGACUCCAUGGAGUUCAGUUCACUAGGAGGAUGGGUAGCAACACGAGCAUCAGGCAUGAAAAAAAACAUCUAUGGAAACAUUGAAGAUCUGGUGAUUCAUAUAAAAAUGGUAACUCCUAGAGGAAUAGUAGAAAAAAACUGUCAAGUACCUCGCAUGUCAACAGGACCUGAUAUCCAUCACUUCAUUAUGGGAUCUGAAGGAACUCUUGGAGUGGUUACUGAAGUGACGAUAAAGAUUCGCCCAGUCCCUGAAUACCAGAAGUAUGGCUCUGUGGUUUUCCCCAACUUUGAACGAGGGGUGGCCUGCUUAAGGGAAGUGGCAAAGCAGAGAUGUGCUCCUGCAUCAAUUCGCCUUGUCGACAAUGCACAGUUUCAGUUUGGUCAUGCUCUUAAGCCACAAGUUGCUUCCAUUUUUACAUCAUUUUUGGAUGGACUGAAAAAAUUCUACAUCACGAAGUUUAAAGGAUUUGAUCCCAACGUACUGUGUGUAGCUACCUUGCUCUUUGAGGGCGACAGAGAGAAGGUUCUUCAGCAUGAAAAGCAGGUCUAUGAUAUUGCUACCAAGUUUGGUGGCUUGGCAGCAGGAGAAGAUAAUGGGCAGAGAGGAUAUAUGCUGACAUUUGUCAUCGCUUACCUUCGGGACCUGGGCCUGGAUUACUAUGUAAUAGGAGAAUCAUUUGAGACAUCUGUUCCUUGGGAUAGGGUUUUGGACCUUUGUAGGAAUGUAAAGGAAAGGAUAGUAAGAGAAUGCAAAGACAAAGGUGUUCAGUUUGCUCCUCUUUCCACCUGCAGGGUGACACAGACUUAUGAUGCAGGUGCUUGUGUCUACUUCUACUUUGCCUUUAACUACAGAGGAAUUAGUGAUCCUGUUCAUGUCUAUGAACAAAUUGAGAGGGCUGCUAGAGAAGAAAUACUUGCCAAUGGAGGAAGUCUGUCACAUCAUCAUGGAGUAGGCAAAUUGCGGAAGCGCUGGAUGAAGGAGAGCAUUUCUGAUGUUGGCCUGGGAAUGCUGAAAUCUGUUAAAGAAUAUGUGGACCCCAAUAACAUCUUUGGAAACAAAAAUCUUUUAUAAAGCCUGCACAACAUGAUGUACUAAAACUACUUCAAAAUUACUGUUGAAAUUCCUCCACUUUCAUUGUAUUGAUAUCCCAGUAAUCAAAUAUAACAUAGACUAAACUUUAAAAACUAGUAACUUACACUGAUUAUUGCCACCCCCUUACCCCUUCCUCCAAUAAAGUGGAAACAUUACUGUUAAUGUUUAUGGAUUUUUACUUACAAUGCUCUUAAACAACCUCCUGGGCACAAAGUGUAAUACCAGUCCAGAAAUGCAAAUUUGGUUUUCCAGGUUUGGUUAGGCACCGCAGCUGACAGUAUUUUCAAUGCUGGAUACUGCCAGAUGUUUCUUACUAGAGCAUCCCCUGCAAGGAGACUGACAACAGUGUUUUCAACAGGAGCAGCUGCUCAACCCAGCCUCUUGCUAAAGGAAAGCUGCUAGGAGACAGAUGAGAGAACA